UCAGGGAUUCUUACUUGAUAGCUUUGGUGGUAUUUUCAGCUGCGGCAAGCACUACUAGAUAGACAGGAAGCUGGUGGAGUCAAAAUAAACAGAAAUUUUGAUACAGAGACAAGAGGGAAAGAAAAGAGACAAGUGACUAUAGCAUUAUAUUCAAUAGCGUCCGUAACCUCCAUUGUUUCUGGAUGAGUAGCCGCCUCGGUCAUGGCGAGGCUGGCCGCGGUAUCCGUCUCGGUAGCCGCCGUCUCCUCGGUGUUCAUUAUGAUGAUGAUGGCUAUGCUGCUGUCCGCCGUGAUGCUGUUGGGGGUUGUUUUGGUAGGGUGGCUGCUGGUAGUAGCCUUGCUGGCCUGCAGGACCCUGUUGGCCGUAAUAACCACCGUGGUUGUAACCCUGCUGGUGGCCGGGGUUCUGGUUAUAGGGGGCGGCCCGAUAGGGAUCGGAGUGACCCCCCCGAGACGACGGCGGCGGGGGCCCUCGAGAGUACCCUCCCGAGCCGGGAGGCGGAGGCGCCCAGCCAGAUGGCAUGGCUUGGCCACUUGCGCCGGGUGGAGGCACGAAGUUCGGGUCAAGAUGCGCGGCAAAGGGGUUCGGCCGAUCGCUCGUGUAGUCAAUGCGACCACCUCGGCCGUGUCCAUUGCGGAGGGGGGCACCGCCGUAGGAUCGGCCUGUAUGGUGCGAUUUGGUCCUGACUGCUUGUAUAUCUCCAUUGUCUAGCACCGGAUGCGGGAACUUGACGCCACGCAGAAGCAUGGAUUUAUGUAUGUGAGAAGAUUUGGGGAUCUCAUAGUUGACUC